UAUCAGGCGAGAUUAACCUCGAAAUCUUUCACACAUUAGAGUAAUAUUUUUAUUUUAAUUAAUGAUCAGACGUGACUUUUGUUUUUCCAGUUUUUCCUGGAUUUUACUCCUUUAUCUAAGAAACGAACUCGGUAUUGCAAUAAAUAGUGGAAAAAAUCUACUAAAUAUCCUUAAAUCAUGAAAAUCUUGAAUGUAGUUUUCCUAAUUUAUUUAUUUUUUAACAAAUUAAUUUUUUUAACUAAAAUCGCAACUUUUGUCCAAUCUCUCUCAAUUUAUGACGAGAUUCUUCCUCUGAAUUUGACUGGCACCCGCAGCUAUGCUGUGUUUGACCUGUUUCAUGAUUCUGAUGACUAUUACCCAUUGGGGCUAAGUGUUAAAACUAUAAAUUCCACUGAUAAAGAAUUUUCAGUUGACGAUUUAAUAGUUUUUGGCAAAGAUGUAAGGAUAGUCUUUGGGGAUAGGUGUGUAUCCCUAAGUUCCUUCGCUAAGAAUAUAACCAUGAGUUUAUCUCGGGAUAAUUUAAAGUAUACGGUUAAAAUCAAUUAUGAUUUGCAAGGGUCUAAAAUCACCAAAAGGUAUAAACAGACUAGUGCGACUCUGCCUGGCGAUGUGAAAUGUUUUAAGUUUGUAGAAGUUAUUCAAGGUGAGUCUGAUUCAGAUGUCUUAGGAAAGCCUGCUUUGGAAUCUUUUAAAGCACUAGACGUGGAGCACGAGUCUGAAACAGAUGAAGCUACUGGAGCUGGAGCUGAUCGGCAAUCAGUUUUUACCACUCGUCCAAUAACCGCAGGAACAGGGAGAUCUAUUACUUUAUAUGGUCCUACCCCUCCUGCUACACCUUCCACCCAACUUGAAGCUACACCUUCAACCCAACGUGAAGUUACACCUGCUGUCCAAACUCCUGAACCUACAACUCAUCGGCGGUCAGCUGGAACUUCACGUCCCACAUUUGCAUCAUCUGGCAGUAGAGCAAUUUCCUUGUAUUCUCACCACCAGCUUGUUUCAUCUACUUCUGAUGACACCGCUGCCUCUUCUGAAAUUACUGUAGCACCUAGUUCUGAAAUUAGUGUAACACCUAGUUCUGAAAUUAGUGUUACACCUUCUAAAGCUAUUGUUACUACUUCUGAACCUAAAACUAAAUCUGCUCAAUUUAUAGAGGUAACCAAGGACGAUUUAUCGGGAACUGAAGGAUACGUUGACGCUGAAGUAGUUAAGGCUGGACCUUUAGAUUUCCGAUGUGUGUUGUUUAAAAAUACUAAUAAUUUGUACGACAAACUGUCCUUUAAUCAAUAUAAACUCGAUUUACCCAAGGGAGCGGAAAGCUUUGAAAUUUGCUACACCAGGUCUGUACCCAAAACCGAAUCCAUAUCAAGAGCUAGUAAAAAUUAUCGUAUUGUCGUUUCAUCCCAGAUUUCGUCAAUCACAGUUGAGCAGUUUUAUAUAUGUAAAAAAGAAUUUUUUGAUAGUGGUUUAUAUCCAUUCCAUGACUACAACUUUUUCCAGAAACUUAAGACUUACCCAGAGAGAAGAGUCAAGUCUGACUCAAACCCCGCUUCAUCUUCAGAAUUUAUUUUAAAUAUGGACAAUUUCCAGCCCUCUGAUGACUCGUUUUUAGAAAAGGUGAACUGCGGAAAGUGCGUUGUUUAUAGGUAUAUUGACGGUUUGGAAAUCGAUAAUCGUAUGGGAACAGUUACAGCUCUUAAAUUUGGUAAUUUUAACUUCAAAAUUCCAGAAGGAAAGCGCUUUAUAAUGGCGUCACUGUGUACUCAGUUCUUGACAACCAAACAUGUAACUGUCAUGAUGAGAGAGUUGUUUCUGUACGAAAAUAGGGUCUUCUACAGUGUAGAUGGCUCAAAGUACCAAGAAAGGAAGUUUUUGGAAGAUGAGGAACGACUUCAACUGAUUAAUCUGACCUCGAAAGUGUGGCAUAAAAGGGAAUCAAACGGUAAAAUGGGACCGAUUGACAACCCAGUGGAUGAUGAAGUACAAGUAUUAUGUCUUAACCAGUUUGUAAAAACUAAUACGCCAAAGAUACACAAAGCAUGUAAAAAGUUGGAUAAGCUUGACAACUUUAAGCUUCUUUUUACUGAUGGUAAUUUUACCAAUUUGGCCUUUAAAAAAAGGGCUGCAAAAUCUUCAAUAAUUAUUGGAAAUGUAAUGUUUGAUUUGAAGACUGAUAAUGACGAAGAUCAAUUUAUUUACAUUUCACAUCCUCCAAACGAGCCAGUCAAUGUUCUGGUGCUUGGCCCAAAAUCUGAAACCCAUUCUGUAGGUGAAAAGGACCCUGGCUCAAACCUCUUUGGACCGAUGACUGAUUCUCUAGCCAAGGUGCAGCCCGGUUCCUCAAAGAAGCACCUUAAUAUUGGAGCAUAUAAUACAACCAUGUAUGAUAUUACUUGGAAUUUCAGUGACUUUUUAAAGAAGCAUUACCUGUACCCUUCUCAAUUCCCUCAAUACUGUCUUGGGGAUAUUGUUUUUAAUAACUUGAGAAUUUUAUCACACAAAGAUGAAGGAUAUAAGCAUAUCUCUGCCACUGAUAGGAAGCAACUAACUACUGUGACAGUCACAACAAUACUUGGGGAUAGCAGGCUGGUUUUACUCGUUAAAGUGGAUGCGGAAAGAAACACGGUUGUCGAGGUUCUAGAGCAACCCACUGGACAAUCUGACUAAUUUAAUUUCAUAGUAUAAGA